AUGGACCAACGCCAUGACGCCAUGGACCAACGCCAUGACGCCAUGGACCAACGCCAUGACGCCAUGGACCAACGCCAUGACGCCAUGGACCAACGCCAUGACGCCAUGGACCAACGCCAUGACGCCAUGGACCAACGCCAUGACGCCAUGGACCAACGCCAUGACGCCAUGGACCAACGCCAUGACGCCAUGGACCAACGCCAUGACGCCAUGGACCAACGCCAUGACGCCAUGGACCAGCGCCAUGACGCCAUGGACCAACGCCAUGACGCCAUGGACCAGCGCCAUGACGCCAUGGACCAACGCCAUGACGCCAUGGACCAGCGCCAUGACGCCAUGGACCAACGCCAUGACGCCAUGGACCAGCGCCAGCUGCAGCUGCUGCUGCUGCUGCUGCUGCUGCUGCUGCUGCUGCUGCUGCUGCUGCUGCUGCUGCUGCUGCUGCUGCUGCUGCUGGGAGGGUGGGCGAGGACUGCCAAAGCGUCAUGGACUGCCAUAGCGCCAUGGACUGCCAUAGCGCCAUGGACUGCCAUAGCGCCAUGGACUGCCAUAGCGCCAUGGACUGCCAUAGCGCCAUGGACUGCCAUAGCGCCAUGGACUGCCAUAGAUUAA